UAUGGAGGUGCAGCUGUCCCCUUCAGACAGGCCAGCGCUCUGCCUUUGAGCAACCUUCAUAUCUGCUCGCUCCCUUGUAAAAACAAAUCGCCAAGUGGAACUAAGUUUCAUUGUUAAACUUAAAGAAGGGGUUUUUUUUGUAGGAGGAAUUGAUGAAAACAUAGCGAACACUGAAGUGUUUUUUGAUUUUCACAGAAGGAUACCAAUUUACAGGAAACUAUUUUUUUCAAUUUUUCUCUCAACUGUGGAAACUCAUUUGCUUGGAAAAAAUAAAGUACCGGUACUUUUCUUCAGGGAGCCUGUCAUGAGCCAAGAGGAGGAGCCAGGACACGAGACACCUCAAACCCACGAUCUGCUGGGCCUUCUGCUGAAGAACAGACGCCCCCCCAGCCCCGCCAACCAGGUCUGGCCCGGCCUCUACAUCGGAGAUGUCGCUACCGCCAAGGAUAAGGGGCUCUUGGGGACCCUGGGGGUGACACAUGUGCUGAACGCCGCAGACGGGCCCCAGCACAUUGACACCGGGGCGGUUUAUUACGACGACACCGACAUCGUCUAUUAUGGGGUGGAAGCGGCGGACCACAAAACCUUUGACCUCAGCCCCUUCUUCCACCCAGCCGCGGAAUUCAUCCAGGACGCCCUGGCCCAAAAAGGUACGGUGCUGGUGCACUGCGCCCGGGGCGUCAGCCGCUCGGCCGCCCUGGUCCUCGCCUUCCUCAUGAUCCGAGAGCGCCUGUCCCUGGUCGACGCCAUCAAGGCCGUGUGCAGCCACAGGAACAUCCUGCCCAACGCCGGCUUCCUGCGGCAGCUCCAUCACCUGGACACUUCCCUGGCUGCCGAGAGAAGCAGGACGGCUAUUCUGAGAGAAAUGGCUUCUAACAAGUCAAAGUCUGGCAGGAGCACAACAGCGUGGCAGGGAGCGGAGGCAUCUGCUCAGAAGGAGGAAUAUUUCACACCCGGGGGCUAUGAACUGGAGAAGAUUCUCAACCGUGGGAGUGCAGUGUACACUCGUGUCAAUGAGGUCUGGCCCAACGUCUACAUCGGAGACGAGCAGACGGCGAAAAACAAGGCCAACCUGAGGAAAAUGGGAGUUACUCACGUGCUGAACGCGGCGGAGGGCACGUGGAACAGCGUGGACACGGGGGCGGACUACUAUGACGACAUGGCCGUGGUGUACUUCGGCUUGGUGGCGGUGGACGUGGUGGGGUUCGACCUCAGCCAGUAUUUCUACUCCGCCGCCAAGUUCAUCCACGAAGCACUGCGUGAUCCUCAGAACACGCUGCUGGUUCACUGUGUGAUGGGUCGGAGCCGCUCCUCCACGCUCUUCCUGGCCUACCUCAUGAUCUACCACAACAUGACCGUGGUGGACGCCGUCGACCAUGUGAAACAGCGCCGACGCAUCAUCCCUAACUGGGGCUUUCUGAAGCAGCUAAGACAACUGGACGAAAGUCUCCAGGAGAAGCGGAAAAGCUCUUCAGACAGAGAGGGAAAUGACUAUAGUUAGGUCUAGUGCAACACAUGAUUGAUGAGAAGUGUUUUCAUUUAACAUGAGUGCACACACACAUACACACACGCACGCACGCACAUCACAAGUAGAAGAUCACAGUGUAGAUUAGCCAUUGACAUGAAGCUUGCCUUUAUUACUCCAAAAUAUUUUAUCUAUUGCCAAAAAGGAAAUUAAAAAAAAAUAAUAUUCAAAAUGCCUUGCCCAAGUACAGAACUCAACAUUCCUUCAACCACUUUGGGGUGUUCAAUCAACUGCAGUGGCAUCAUAUUCAUGGUCAAUUAUAAUUUAUUCUUAUGCUAAAAUGUACAGCAUUUGAGUGACUGACAAAGGAGAAAAAGUCAUAAAUACAAGAAUGUCAUUCUGUCCAUUUACUGUGCACAUAGCCAGGUAUUUCCCCGUUAACCAACCAGCAACUCUGUACAGGUACAAAGGCUACAAAAGAGCAAUAGAAACAAAAACACAAGUACAAGUUGCGUUUUACAUGCAAUCUGUUAGCUUAGUUUGCUCUAUUCACAAGCUCUAAUCUUCUAGACUUCGGUAAAAUAUAAAUCCAACAUUUUAUAAAGAUAGAAAACAAAUCUACAGAUGGAAUGAAAAUGUAACUUUAAAGGCAUUAUGUAAAAUAUUUGGACUAAAUUUAUAUUCUUCUUUAUUGUUAUUCAUCGGUAUAAUCAUUUAGAUGUUUUUUUGUUUAAUCCCGCCACACUUCCCUUGACAAGUUGAAAUGUUUUAGAAUCAUCAGGGUACAAACACUGAGAUAUGCUUUGUUAUUUCGACAGAAAUCCGUCUGCUUUAGAAAACAGAAAGCUGCCUUAAGGAGAUCUGUUACAAAAAGACUUCAGAAUUAUACAUACAUAGCAAUAAAACCUCUCAAACCAAACGGAAAACAGGACUAAGUUUACAUCGUUUUUUUUGUUUUGAUUUUUUUUUACAUUAGCAUUA